GGCCGGGGCCGGCGCCGGGGCCCGCAGCCAUGUCCAUGCUGCCGUCCUUCGGCUUCACGCAGGAGCAAGUGGCGUGCGUGUGCGAGGUGCUGCAGCAGGGCGGCAACCUGGAGCGGCUGGGCCGGUUCCUGUGGUCGCUGCCCGCCUGCGACCACCUGCACAAGAACGAGAGCGUGCUCAAGGCCAAGGCCGUGGUGGCUUUCCACCGCGGCAACUUCCGCGAGCUCUACAAGAUCCUGGAGAGCCACCAGUUCUCGGCGCACAACCACGCCAAGCUGCAGCAGCUCUGGCUCAAGGCGCACUACGUGGAGGCCGAGAAGCUGCGCGGGCGGCCGCUGGGCGCCGUGGGCAAGUACCGCGUGCGCAGGAAGUUCCCGCUGCCGCGCACCAUCUGGGACGGCGAGGAGACGAGCUACUGCUUCAAGGAGAAGUCGCGGGGCGUGCUGCGGGAGUGGUACGCGCACAACCCCUACCCGUCCCCGCGCGAGAAGCGGGAGCUGGCCGAGGCCACCGGCCUCACCACCACGCAGGUCAGCAACUGGUUCAAGAACCGGCGCCAGCGGGACCGGGCGGCCGAGGCCAAGGAGAGGUACCGCCGGGCCGGGCCGGGUUUGCAGCUCCUAACAAACGUCAUUAAAAAGAACAACUUAGAAGACAACUGA